GAUUGCGUGCCGAAUCAACUGGCACUCAAGCAAACAAAAUAAAAUACCCUUGCAACACACUGGCUAUUUGUGGAGCAGGGAAGAAGUCUGCAGGGAUUCGUCAGUCUCCAGGUCUGCAGAGAAGACAGAAGCAUCAUGAGCACAGCAGGGAAAGUAAUAAAAUGCAAAGCAGCUGUGCUGUGGGAGCUAAACAAACCCUUUUCCAUUGAAGAGGUGGAAGUUGCACCCCCUAAGGCCCAUGAAGUUCGUAUUAAGAUGGUGGCCACAGGAAUCUGCCGCUCAGAUGAUCACGUGGUCACUGGAAAUUUGGUCUGGCCUCUCCCUGUGAUUUUAGGCCACGAGGCAGCUGGUAUUGUAGAGAGCAUUGGAGAAGGGGUGACUACAGUAAAGCCAGGUGAUAAAGUCAUCCCGCUCUUUAAUCCCCAAUGUGGAAAAUGCAAAGUUUGUAAACACCCUGAGGGCAACAUCUGUGUGAAAAGCAGUCUAAAAAAUCCCCGGGGGACCUUGGAGGAUGGCACCAGCAGGUUCACCUGUAGGGGGAAGCCAAUCAACCACUUCAUUCACACCAGCACCUUCUCCCAGUACACAGUGGUGGAUGAGAUGGCCGUGGUCAAAAUUGAUGCCGCUUCCCCACUGGAGAAAGUCUGCCUCAUCGGCUGUGGAUUUACAACUGGUUAUGGCUCUGCAGUCAAAGUUGCCAAGGUCACCCAAGGUUCCACCUGCGCUGUGUUUGGCCUGGGAGGAGUUGGCCUGUCUGUUAUCAUGGGCUGCAAAGCAGCCGGAGCAGCCAGGAUCAUUGGAGUGGAUAUCAACAAAGACAAAUUUGCAAAAGCCAAAGAGGUGGGUGCCACUGAGUGCAUCAACCCUCAAGACUACAACCAACCCAUCCAGGAGGUGCUGAAGGAAAUGAGUGGUGGAGGGGUGGACUUUUCAUUUGAAGUCAUUGGUCGACUUGACACUAUGCUUUCUGCCCUGUUAUGCUGUCAAGAUGCAUAUGGUGUAAGUGUCAUCGUAGGGGUACCUCCCAAUGCCCAAAGCAUCUCUGUGGAUCCUAUUCUGCUGCUGUGUGGACGCACCUGGAAAGGAGGAGUUUUUGGUGGUUUUAAGAGUAAAGAUUCUGUCCCCAAACUGGUGGCUGAUUUUAUGGCUAAGAAGUAUUCAUUGGAUCCAUUAAUAACUAAUGUUUUACCUUUUGAAAAAAUAAAUGAAGGGUUUGAACUGCUUCGCUCUGGAAAGAGUAUCCGUACCAUCCUGACAUUUUGAGACCAUCCAGAUGCCUUUGGAGCAGUCUUCUGACUCUUCCCAUCAUCCGGAGUAUCAGCCAGAAAAACAUCAAUUUUGUUCAUUAGAGAUGUAAUCAAUAACAUUACACAUGCAAGCUUUUCCUGAAAGAUCAGAAAUUCUUAUGAAAUCAUUUUUUCAAGCAAAUAUUUAAAAUCCACAUGAGAGUUAUUGAACAUUAGCAGGUGAUUAACGCUAGUAAGCUUUUCUUCUUAAGCAUUUGACUUAUGCCAUCUUUUCUUUUGAGGAAGGAUACUUCUUGUGAUUCUUGUAUUUUUUUUUUUUUCUAUCUUUUUAACCACCAAUCAUUUACACUAAGUGGAGGGACUCUUCCACUGUCCCCAACAUAAACACAGCAGGAUAUUGUGCUUGUAGUCACCUGUAUCUACCUUAUUUCCACUGUCUGUAUUUUCCUUUCUAUGAAAUGUAAUCAAAAUCAUAGCAUGGGGGCUGGGGUUGUGGCUCAGUGGUAGAGUGCUCCUAUAGCAUGUGUGAGGCCCUGGGUUCAAUCCUCAAUACCACAUUAAAAAUAAAGGUAUAUAUAUAUAUAUAUAUAUUUAAUUUUUAAAAAUCAUAGCAUGGUAAAAGAUAGACUCAGGUUUAAAAAUGAAUAUUCAGCACUUCUCAAUCCAGGGACUUUCUUAGUUAUUCAAAGGCAAUAUCACACAUUUUCAUACAGUGGUGGGAAAUGUUUUUUUUUUUUUUUUUAUUGUUGUUAUACUAUUUUCUUUGCAGUGAAUAUGUAAUUGCUCUCAAAUAAAAUCAGGAAUCUUGUUUUAUGUGAUAAAUGUGAGGUUUGGAUAGUAAAUGUGGAAAAUAAACUAUUUCUGUACCAUAUUUUAAAAACUCUGUAAUUUAUACUUAUGAAGGCAUUUUAUGGGCUAAACAGUUAAUGAUUACAACUGACUAAGGUGUCACUCCUUUUUGUUAAAAAUAAUGGAAUGACUUUUAAAGUGCAGGGGCAAUGGGAAUGGAAGUAACUGUGAACACAGCAUUUAAGAUUGUAACUUAGCAAUGGCACAAACACCCAAGAAAUAUAUUUUCUAAGUAGA